AUGACUUGCCUUGGGAGGUUCGUGUAUUGGUGCCAGCAGAGCAAUGUCGGCUUCGGCUCCAACAAUAACGCGGCUCCCGCGAACUCUCCGAAGGACAUCCUCGUUGCCGAGUGCCCCGACUGCAAUGGCGCCGCCAACACGGACAUUUGCCCAACACGGACAUUUGCCCAACCCUUGACACUUGCCGCUCCAGAGGCGCGGCGGAGCCGACCUCGGAGCUCUGCAAGACGUCCGUUGCGGUGUCAGUGCCGCUCGGAUUGGUGUCCGCUCUCGUCGCUAUGGGUGCGGUCGUCGGUAUCUCCCGCAGCCGCGCGUCCGAUCAGCCAGUGCUCGUGGAGGACGAGCAAGAUUUGCUGCGCAACUGAACGAGUACGCCUGUGGUGGCAGCAGCUCAGGACCAGAGGACAGAGCUCGCCGAGUCCUGCAUGCUUUUCUGAGAUGCCUCCCCGCCUGACAUUCGUAAUCGCUCUGCGCCAGCUCAGCGAUCAAAGUUGCGUACCUCUCUCUCACGCCGGCGGAUUUUUUCUGUCGGCCAAUUUCAAUAUUCUGAUGGUCCUCCCCCUCUUCCUCCUCGUCCUCUUCUCCUGCUGCCUCCCCAUCCUCGUCCUCACUCCUGGCCCCACUGCCUCUCAGUCCUCCUCCCGUCGGCUGCGCUUCUGCGCGACAGGUCCCCGCGGCGCCCCCGCGUGCGAGACCGUGCGCCGGUGCGGUUGGGUGGACGCUCGGCGGCGCCAGAGCAGGCGCUGCUGA